UCAGUAUCUGAACAAGUGUCUAACAUGAAAUUACUUCUUUUGUGUCUGGGCGUUUGCCUGGUCAGUGUCUACGUCUCUGCACGCGUCAUCAAAGAAGAUGAAGUGCAAGAUUUAGAAGUCGCAGCCAGUCAUCACGGCCACAGCCACUCCAGCCACCAUGAGGAAGGUGGAGGAUCCUCCCAUCAUGGCGACCAUCACUCCAGCCACGGUCACAAAGGUGACAAAGGGUACAAGUCGUCCCAUCACCACGACAAAGGGGGUCAUGGCAAACACGGCAAGGAAUACAAAGCUGGACACCACGCCGAAAAAGGCGGCCACCACAAAGGACACCAUGAAGAAGGUGGCCAUCACAGCGAACAUCACGCUGCGGGAAAAAGCCACAAAGGAGGCAAAUUCGGCGAGAAAAAGGGACACAAAAAGGGGCAAAAAACGACCGGUUAUCAUCACAAAUCCCACAAGGACGAUUACCACAAGGAACACAAAUUCUACGAUGAUUACCACAAAGGUGGACACCACUCGAAAUACGGCGAUUUCCACGGCCACCACGGAGGCAAAUCUGGCCACCACAAGAAGGGAGGCAGUCACAAGAGUGGAUACCAUGACGAUCAUUACGGAAAGAAGGGACAUUCGGAUAAGGGACACUACGAGGAUGAUCACAAAGGAUUCAAGGGACAUGGAGGACACGAAAGCCACCACUCUCAUCACUCCGAUUAUGGAAAGAAGGGAGGACAUUCCGGGGGCAAAGAGUACGGGUUUAGCAGUGGUGGAAAACACUGAUUUCUUCGUAGCGCUCCGGUGGUUGAUCCUUUCAACGCCUCGAGGAUUUGAUUCGUUAUUUACCCCAAUCCAACACGACUCAUCGAUACCCAUAUCACCCCCACGGAGCGCCACGCGUUGUUUUAUUCAAGUCUCGUUCAUGUUGAUUACUUUGUUGCCUGUUCUGAUUUGUGUUACCAAAAAAAAUAAGAAAUAAAACCUGGAUUUCAUUUCACA